CCAGUCACCCGCCUUUAAUGCAAUACACAUCCCCGCCAUCAGUGCCUGCGCUCAAAGACCAGAAACUCGAAUUGCAUUGCAUUUACGGCGGGACACCCCUUCCCGAUAUCACGUGGAGUAAAAGGGGCAGUAAAAUAGAGGGCUCGCACUUCACGUACAAUAACUAUGGAAAGACUUUAGUUAUAAAUAAAGUGGAUUUUUCUGACGAAGGAGUCUACGAAUGUACGGCCAGUAACGGCAUCGGUAGUCAAAGGACUCACGCAAUGGAAGUGAAAGUAAAUGCCGCCCCCUUUUGGAUUGAAUACCCCAAUGACACGAACGCAGCCGAAGGGGAGACCGUAUCGUUUAAAUGCAUUGCUUCGGGCAUUCCUGAGCCUAAGUUGCAAUGGUUUGUGAACGGAGUGCCCAUAGAGAAGGCACCGACCAAUAACCGGCGCAAAGUUGAAGGAUCUGUUCUGACCGUAACUGAUCUGAUAGAGACUGUGGACACUUCUGUCUUCCAGUGCAACGCCUCCAACGUUCACGGAUACGCCUUCCGGGACUUCUAUCUCAAUGUCCUGAAACUCCCGCCC